AUGAAGUCAAGGUUACCACAACAAAGCCGACAUAGUGACGGCUCCGAGCCUCGCGAUCACCUCAACUGUACGCCGGAGGUGUUCGCCCGUGACGAGACCCGUGUUGGUUUGCAUUUACGGCAGCGCCUCAGACGAACCUCGCCGACCAAUCGCCGAUGCAAUCGGGACGAGUCAAGCCCCCUCGGCCGACCUCGUGUCUCCGAGGGCGAAGCCCCGGGGAGCAGAGCGCCUGAUUGGUGGAGAGGCUGA